AUGUGCCUCUGCGCGCCAUUUAGUCGUAUUCCUCUAACAUGCAGGGCGUCGGCUCUUUACUUGUUCCCUUUUUUCUACUGCUGCUUCCUGGUUGGCUUUCUGGCGCUGCUACCGGCGCCGUUUGCCAACCGCCCCCUCUUCUCGUGCUGUUGUCUCGCCUUCGCCUUCCUCAACCUGCUUACAUCGAUUGUUGGCCAAAUUGGCGUCUUUAAGCGGAUGGAUGCCGCGCUUCGGGGCACAGUCGUCCUCUUGGUGAUGGAGAAUCUAAUGGUUUUUUUCAUCGGUGUCUUCGUGCUCGUCCACCUAGUGUCAAUGCGCCCCUCCGCUCUCGCCUUUUUUCAGGAAGGAGAUGUCGACUCAAAGUUGCGGCUAAUGACAGAUCAGCGAGCCUUGGCGCUAGACGACGAAGACGCGGAAUUGCGUAUGCUCGCCCCAGCUGCCAGACCGAUGGGAGAGUGUCUCCUCAAGUUGUCUAUCGAGACAAGAUGGUGGAUCGCUAUGGUUGCCAGCGUCAUGCUUAUCAUCUGUAGCGCUCUCACCUCGUGCUGUCUUCGUGCGGUGGCGGAAUUCCAAGCAGAGCUUGACGCCGAAGCUUUCGUCGAAGACGCAAGGCUCCUGCGGGAUAGUGAGAGGAUGAUGCUGCUGCAAGCGUCAAAGGGAUAUGGGCCUCUGCCCGAUACCUCUCUUUUGGCCGGCAGCGACUCUUACAGAUGGCAAAAGGACAGCACUUCACGAGAAGUUAGUCCACGAGCGGCGUCGGAAAGUGAUGGGAUCUCCACGCACAGACUGGUUGCCGGUGAAUCAAAGCAUCACCUGCAUCAGCAGCAGUCAACUUCUCAACGAGCAGUAGUAGUCGACGCCACAGCGCACCCUGAAGGGGACAACGGGGGCGAUAUAUCGACGGCAUCGGCGUUUCCCGAAGAUGCCCAUCAAAUCGAUGCCGUCGCCGAAGCGGAUGGCCACGUAUGA